AUGCCAUUUAAACUGAAGUUGAAAAAGUCCAAGCAAUACAGUGUUGUAUCGAAAUCGCUGUUCGUGAUAUCAGUGGAGAUUCUAGACGGAACUGUAGUAGAAUGUACCCUAUCUUCAGAAAGCACUGGACAAGAUUGCUUGGACGUAGUCUGCCAAAAGCUCAGUUUGAACCAGCCCAAAUUUUUCGGGCUGCAGUACGUCAGUCGAAACAGCGAGAAUCACCUCUGCUGGCUGGAAUUGGAUAGACCUAUCAAGAGGCAGCUAGAUAAAUAUUCAAGGGGGCUUUUUGUGUAUUUGAGGGUUAUGUACUAUGUUAUUUCUGGGGUGCAGCUUUUGAAUGAUGAAGUUACCAGAUACAACUAUUUUUUGCAACUCAAACAAGAUGUUAUAGAUGGUAGAAUUUCUUGCAGCCCACAACAAGCUGUUGAGCUUGCAAGUUUUUCUAUGCAAGCUGAGUUUGGGAAUUUUGAUGCUGAAAGACACACUGCACCUUAUUUGAAAGAUUUUCAACUCUUUCCCAAGAAUUUCACUGAUCCAAAUCUGUUAGAAACUUUAACAGAAGCUGCAAGUCGUCAGCAUGCUGCCUUGCACAAUCUUUCACAGGGUACUGCUGAAGAGUACUAUAUUUGUGCCUGUCAGAGAUUGGAUGGCUAUGGACAAGAGGUAUAUUCUGUCAAAGAUAAAGGGGAUUUGGAUACUUUGAUUGGUAUCUGCUUGCAAGGUGUUUUUGUGGGAUAUCCUAGUGGGAAAGAAGGAAGACAUUUCAGUUGGUCAGACAUAAAAAAUGUAAUCAAUCACAAGCGUGAAUUCAUAAUUGAGUCCAUUGGAGAGACCGGCAGAGUGGAAUUUCAAUUUGCCGACGUAGAAACAGCUAAGAAUGCUUGGCGUUUUUGUGUUUUGCAACAUAUUUUCUAUCGGCAAUAUGAGAUGAACACUUUCACGGAAGAAACUGAUAAAGGGCCGCCUCAACUGCCGUUAUUUCACCAAAACGAGGACAAGCUGAGACAGAUGGACAGCUACGAGGACAUGACGAACGGGUCGGUGCAGUGGGACAGGCCCGUCUCUGCUGCGCAGGCGCUCGUCCAUCGCGCCCAAUCGACCUCCUGCUUGGACUUGAACGUCCAAAACGACGUCGACGCGCUGAGGAGCCUGCUGCCCUCCUAUAGGCCCGCGCCGGACUACGAGACUGCCGUGCAACAGAAGUACAGGAAUUCGUCAGGUGCCAUAACGAGUCACGAGCCAAUUCGUAAUGCUCACCCGAUUUUGUAUAGCUCUCAGCCAGAGAUUCACCAAGCUGACUCAUAUUCGACUCAUCUGCAUUAUCCAGAUGUGACUCACAAUAAUGUGGAACAGAAAAAUCUCAUUUAUAAAACAGCAUUUCCAGGAUCACAGCAAAUGGUGGACAGCUCGGCCAUUCCGCACGCGUACAAACCUCCGCCCCCGUACCCUGCCCACAGGAUCGGCUCGAAUUCCACCCCCGAUUUGGCCGGCAUGUCGCAACAGCUGAAGCCGCAUCCGGGCUUUGUGGGCGCCGCUGUCAGCGGGUCCAGUCCGGACCUGGUGUCCGGCGGACAUUUCUAUCUGAGGCAGCUGUACUCCGACCAUCAGGCACACCCGAUACACCGAUCUCAAAGCUAUUUACCUCCACAACAUGGUACUUACGAGAAUCUCGCCUCGAUUUUCAACAAUAACAUGUUGGGAAGGCCGCAGGCUCUGAUCGUAGAGAAUCCGAAUAUAACGAAACACAUCAAAAAGGUCUACGACGAACACGGAAAUAUCAUCUACUGUAUGCCAGCCAAUAUGAAGCAGAUCUUGCAGGAAAAUCAACUGCCAAGCACAGGUUUCGUGGUGACACGCAACCAGAACGCUGUAGUCGCUCACGACCCGUCCCUCAAUACGUCAGCCGAGCCCAUCUACGAGAACAUCCCUCUACCCUGGCAAAACGAGGGCGAAAUGAGAGCGAGAACGCAAAGCAUCCAUUCCGCGCCCCCCGAAAUGAGCCAGGUAGUCAACCACGCGGUCGUCAAUGCUGUACAGUCCCAAAUGCAGCAGCUCAAUAUCAAUAAUAGGAAAGGUAGCAAAGAGAAUCUGUACGUCAACAUCGACCGCCUCAAGUCCUCUUCGAAAACGGACCUCAACUCCCACAACCUCACCGACAACUCCCACAAGCUGGACACCACCACCGUCUCGAAUAUCGCCGACGAGCCGUCCAACAGCUCGAAGUGCACCCUCUUCAGCAAAAACUCCACCAUCAACGUCAGCACGGCGGCAUUCUUCAACAGCAACACGAACUCCGCAGGUGAAACCUUCGCAGAAGUGAGCUCGAGCUCCAACGGCAGCACCAAAUCGAAGAAGAAGCGCUGGGGCAUCCUGAUGGGGCGCAGCAAGUCGGGGGAGAAGGUGAAAAGCGCCACCUUGGGCAGGGAGAAGAAGAAGAAGGACGAGGAUAGGAACGAGAGUAACAUCAAGCAUCGCUGGUCGACCGGGCUUCCCAGGUUCAAUCCGUUGCCGCCUUCCAUCAGCAAGGAAACCAUGUGCCAACUUUUAGAAACUAAGCUAGCCGACAGCCAAUUAUUCUUCGAGUUCGACAAAAUUCCGAAGAAAAAACAAAACGCAGACUUCAAAACUGCCCUUCAUCCGGACAAUGCAGCUUUCAACAGAUUCAAAGAUGUACUUCCUUACGAGGAUAACAGGUUGAGACUAACGCCAACGAGAAACAACAAGUUUGGUUACAUCAACGCUUCUCAUAUCACUGCUACUGUUGGUAGCAAACAGCGGUUUUACAUAGCAGCCCAGGGUCCCACCAAGCAGACGCUGCCAUUUUUCUGGCAGUGCGUUUGGGAGGCAGAAGUGUAUCUCAUGGUGCAGCUGACCGAUCCCACGGAAGACAUGACUUACCUGCCCGACGCCGAUGACAGAUGCGUCGACAUAGAUCAGGAUUACCAAAUUUGGUGGGAGUUCUCGCAAAAAACGGGCCACUGCGUAACGAGCAAGGUGCGCCUGUGCCACGUCGCCUCUCGCCGCUACCGCACGAUAUGGCACCUGCACUACACCGAUUGGGGCGACCAGGGCUGCCCCGAGUCUGUCGCCCACUUCUUGGGCUUCCUCGAGGAGACGCAGUCCGUGCACCAGCACUCGAUGGGCGAGAUACCGCCCGGCCACAACAAGAACCCGCCCAUCCUGGUGCACUGCACCGCCGGCGUGGGCAGGACGGGGCUGGCCAUUUUGAGCGAUCUCUUGCUGUACACCGUCGACCAUAAUCAGGAGGUGUGCAUCCCCAGAGUAGUAGGACUUCUCCGACAGCAACGUGCCUACAUGAUUCAAACAAUAGCGCAAUACAGAUUCGUGUACUCCUUACUGAUUCACUAUCUCAAGCAAACUAGGCUUAUUUAG